AGAAGCAGGUCAGAAAGUGACCAACUUGCGAGGCUUACUGUGGACAACCGCUCAGUUGGGAUCCUGCUCUGACAGAUACUCUCUUAUUCUCUAUUUUUUGCUUCUUUUUCUUUUCUUUUUUUUACAGACGGGGGAUAACUCUGCGCAAGCAGUGUACUUUCAGACAUGCUGCAGAGUCUGAUGCUCAUCAGUUUGAUAGGGAGGCUGUGUGUUUCCCAGCCGGCGACAGCUCGCUGUGACGCUCAAACUGUAGAUCUAACUAACUCCAAAUCCUCUCAGUCUACAACCUACACCUACGAAUCUGACGAAUACAACUCUUCCAGAGCCAUUGAUGGAAACACUGAAACAUGUUCAAACACGAAAGAAUUUGAUCUUUCCUGGUGGAGCAUCGACCUGCAGGGUGUUUACAACAUUUCCUGCAUCUCAAUAUACAACAAAAAAGCUGACCAUUCUAAAAUAAAUGGGGUGAAGAUCUACAUUGGGAACUUUCCACAGAACAACAGCGUCGACAACAAGAUGGUUCAUAACAUCACCGGCUUCAAUGUCAGCCAAAGCAAUCCCUACUCAUUUAAGCCAGAGGUGGGGCGUUAUGUCACCAUCAUGCCAGCAAAACCUUUAGUCCUAUGUGAAGUGAACAUCACAGGCCAUAAGAUAGAAUCUCCCUUUAAAUUGAUUGACCAAAACAAGACGUGGGAAGAAGCUCUGAACUACUGCAGGGAUAACCACAGAGAUCUGGCCUCCAUCUUGGAUGGACAGACCCAGAACUUUGCUGAGCUGGAGGCUGAGAAAGCCAACAGUCCCUUCGUUUGGACCGGCCUGCGCUACACCUGCACUCUGGACUUCUGGUUCUGGGUUGAUGACAACGUUGUGCAGUUUCGGCGCUGGGAUUCGAACGGAUACAAAGAAGACUGUGACAUGAGUGGAGCCAUGGAGAAAGAAGGAAACCAUCGCUGGUUCAGCCAAAAUGAUGACAAAGAGUUUAAUUUCAUCUGUGCAUUAUAAAAAAAAACAACUAUGAUGUGCAGUGAGACAGGCUUUGACAGCAGGUUUAUUAUGUGCUGGUUAUCAUAAAUAUUUACUGUUACAUUUGCAUAUGUUAUGAUCAGUCACUCAGUUCUUGAGAAGCGUUCUUGUCAAGCAACUUUAAGCCUUUGAACUCAUCUGUGAAUGAAUAUUUUUACUAUUACUUCAGUAAUGUGUUGCAGUUCUGCUACUCUUGCUUCUUUACAACCUGUAAUGUUUCUGAUAGCAUCAAAACCACUUUUAUAAUUCAGAAUUUAUAAAAAAAAACACUUGUAUAAUUUAUGCUGUGACUUACUGAAUGAAGAAACAUUUGACUUUGUCUUAUGCAUUCUACUUCAUAAGUCAAGUUUCGUUUUCUUUCUUUGGAAAGACGUGAGAACUGUUGGGUUUAGCAAAACACUCUGCAGUGAAAUGAGGUUGGUUUGGUAAUUAAAUGUGUUUUCCCAUUGAAACUAAUUAUGAUAGUCAAAAUGAAAAGUUUGAUAUUGAAUCAAUCAUUUCAUUUAAGUUGUGCACCAUUUUUAAUGUGUUAUGAUCCAA